AUGGCACGAAUCCGCCCGCAGGAGUCAACGUGGUGUGACAAAGCCCCAGCUUCAGUGCUAGUAGAGGACAUCACAGCAGACAGCAACCACAGUACUAGGACGUUGACAUUGGAGAGGACGAGAGCAUGGCACAAAUUCCUUCCACAACCGAACAUUCCCAAAUACAUCGCGCUCUCCAAGCUACGUUUGAUCUUCACAAUGGUAUCACUUGCUCUUCUUAUCACCGAUAUCCCACGAACAGGGCUCGGAAUUUACGACUUACAAGAAUAUUACCCGAUCAUGCUUAUGCCCGGUACCGCCGUCCGCUUCGGACCAUUCGACUACUCCGUUGUGCAUAUCUGGCGUUUAAACAAUGACACUGAGAGUGACAAUACAUCCUCAGCAUUCACAGGACUUAGAGACUCUCAACCAAUUUCCACAGCUCGAGCGUGGCCGUACCAGUUCGAUACACUCUCUGUCGGACUGCGAGGAGCUGUAGACCUGCUCAAUGUGACCCAAUUUCCGCGUUAUUUACGCUACAAGCCGCAAGAAAAUGAACCAACGACUAAUGGAGAGAGUCUCGUUGACUUGAGCACAGCCUUCAACAUGCUUGAUGCUCUCAUUGCCGCUGCCCACGCCAAAUUACGGCCAGCAUCGAAUUGUAAGCUCAAGGCACUGCGCUUUGCCACGAAACACAAUUGGGUCGAUCGAAUCCACCACUACGUCGUUAGUUUUGCUUCGACAAACCCUGCCUGGCGUCUACACUCUCUCCAUGUACCUUAUACCUCACGUGAUACGCAGUCGCUUGGAAUCUGCUCGAACUCUGCAGUCGCAAAACGAUCUCCACUACGCCCCCGCUUCUGCAACCACCCUGGCAUUUUGAAGUAUACACAUCCGUUAAAUUCAUCGCUACCUACUGUUCCGGUUUGGGAGCACAUAGACCUUCGUUAUGAGUUACUCAAACGACAAUAUCCUACUUUGGAACUGGAAGUGAUCUUGCUAUCUUCGCAGAGGCUGUCAUCGACCUCAGGAGUAUUGAGCUCAACUUUCUACAAUUAUGAAGCGCUGGAAAUCACGGCUUUAACGCGAGGGAAGCGUUGUAUCAACGAUUCAAAGUCAAGUCUAAACACCACCUUGUGCACGACCGUCUUCAUAGACGACUACCGCUAUGAGCGAGACACUGUCCGAACGAAUCUAGUCGAAUGGUAUGGGGUUAUUUCGAUGUUGCGAGGAGGAGCCCAAGGUUACGUCUGGAUUCGUUUAGUUUUGCUGAUGUAUGGAGCUUACACAGCUGCCGGUCAAUUGGCUGGUGUCCAGGCUGGCACUAGUUCCCGCUUCAAAUCGACGAUGUCCAUUGUGUGUAAAAUCCCGUUCGAGGUGAUCGUGUACUCCAGCUUGUUGCCUGUUAGUGGAUACGUCAUUGCGCAGUUUUUGGAUAGCAGCUUUAUGGAUAUUUUCCUUGAUUCGUACUGGGCUGCAGUGGGAGGCACGAUCAAGAUAAACUUAUUGACAUUUCUGAGGUCAACAGCAGUGCAGAUGCGCAAUGUGUGGAUUCUGGCGCUACUUGUAACCUUGACAGUAUUUGCAGUACGAAAGACACGAGACUAUUGGGGUGAAGGGCUUCCUGCCAUUCGCGGUCUCGUCAUUAGCUUCACAUCGACACUGACGGUAUUUGGACCGUACAAGGAGACUACACUGAGAAAUACCGAUAUCAUAAAUCUUUUCCUGAUUGCCGAUGAAGGUCAGAACUUGGAUAUUAUUCAAAGUAACCUGGUGGGGAAGUAUAAUAUCUCUAGCUACUUCUUCGAUGACAGCGCGGUGAUGUUGCUGUUCUGCAUCGGAGUUGUUAUCGGAUUGGCAUCAACUAUCAAAAUUUUGAAUGCUUCGCGUACUAAAAGUGAAACUCGAGAUAUCAUUUUGAGUUCAACUCCAACUAUUCCUUGCGGGACACAGAGACUUUGGUUGGCAUCCGUAUCGAGUGUGCAGUUUUCUGUACGACUGCGGGUGACUGGUAUGUCUGAGAGAACACCCCAGAAACAAGGUUCUCUAUUAACGAAGGUGGGCUCAUUCCACACUGUCAUACAGCCCAAUUUAAAGUGGACAGAUCGGAGAAAUCUUUUGGGAAAGGCGAGUUAUAAUUCCACGGAAUGCCGCUCCGUCAUUCAGCUCAUGAACAUCGCGAUGAUGACCGAUCCGUGGAAUUUCUUUUGGCUACGAGCGCUUGGAGUCCAGUUGUAUCUGUACAAAACUCGAUCUGGUCUUGACAAUAGCUUCGAUUUCUAUGCUGUCAUCUUACCAUUUGCAAAGAAUGAGAUAGAGGAGCGCACAGGACUGAGCUCCAUUGACCUCCAACUGCUCGACUCUGCUAGCUCCCGAGAUGUACCAAUGUCAGUAUUGCUACAAUCAGGGUAA